AUGACUGCUGCACCGAAAGAGUUCUUUGACUACGUCGAUGCGCACAAGGACGCGUUUAUCAAGCGCUUGUCCAAUGCUAUCGCGAUCCCAAGUGUCUCUGGUGAUGCUUCCUACCGCAAACAUGUCCAUGAAAUGGGCCAUUUUGUCCAACGUGAACUCGAAGCGGUUGGAGUGACCACCAAACUCGUACCAUUGGGCCCACAGGAGCUCGAUGGCCAAACGGUUGAGCUUCCUCCAGUCGUUUUCGGUAGGCUUGGAGAGGACAAGAAUAAGAAGACUGUUCUCAUCUAUGCGCAUUACGACGUCCAACCGGCAUUGCUCAGCGACGGAUGGACUCAUGAUCCAUUUGUAUUGACACAUGACAAGGAGACCGACAGGUUGUAUGGACGUGGUUCUUCUGACGAUAAGGGCCCCCUGCUAGGAUGGAUCAACGUACUAGAGGCACAUAAGGCGCUUGGUAUUGAGCUGCCAGUUAAUCUAAGGGUGUGCUUUGAAGGCAUGGAGGAAAGUGGAAGCGAGGGAUUGGAUGACCUGAUCAAGGCCGAAGCUGGACCUGGAAAGUUCUUCGAUGGAGUUGACUGUGUUUGCAUCUCAGAUAACUACUGGCUUAACGAUGUCACUCCCUGCCUGACCUACGGUCUUCGAGGAAUAUCCUACUUCAAAGUAACGAUUUCGGGCCCUGCAAAGGAUCUGCACUCUGGCUUAUUCGGCAACUGCGUUCACGAGCCAAUGACUGAUCUAUUCCACUUGUUCUCCAAGUUGGUCACCCCACAGGGGAAGAUCCUCAUCCCAGGGAUCAACGACCUUGUAGAUGAGUUGACUCCUGAAGAACGUGAACGCUAUGAACGAAUGGAUUAUUCUAUCGCAGAUAUCAACGAAUCUGUUGGUGCAUCUAUUGCAAUCUCUGACGACAAAGCGGAAGUUCUCAUGGGCAAGAUGCGUUACCCAAGUUUGUCGAUUCAUGGAAUCGAAGGCGCAUUCAGUGCCGCGGGCGCAAAGACAGUGAUUCCAGCUAAGAUUUCUGGCAAAUUCUCCAUUCGAUUGGUACCCAGCAUGACGCCAGAGAAUGUCGACUCGCUCGUAAUCCAAUACCUCGAAUCCGAAUUUGCAAAAUUAAACUCAAAGAGCAAGUUGACCGUUGAGAACCUUCACGGCGGCAAGCCAUACCUCGCAGACCCGAACCACUGGAACUUCGUAGCAGCCGCCAAAGCUACCCAAGCAAUCUACGGCAAGCAACCUGAUCUCACACGGGAAGGAGGGUCGAUUCCCGUGACGCUCACUUUUGCUGAUGCAUUGGGAGUUAGCGUUUUGUUGCUGCCCAUGGGACGGGGAAGUGACGGUGCUCACUCGACCAACGAAAAGUUGGAUUUGUCGAAUUACAUCAAUGGGACCAAGGUUCUCGGCACUUACUUGCAUGAAAUUGCCAAAUCUACCAACUAG